AUGAGUACAGACACGUCGGAGUCGGGAUCUCCAUCAUCUAAAGUGGUAAUCAAAUCACAUUCCGUUACUGUAAGUAAACCAUUAUUGAAACUGAAGCUUUUAGAUGCAUUACGUCAGGGAAAUUUUCAACAGUUGCAAGCACUUUUAAAUUCAUCACAAUUCCAGCCUUCUGAUAAUGAAAUCGUUCUAGAAGUAACUGAACUGAUGUUGAAUUACGCCGUUCAAGUGGCUCCAUUACCAUUAAUCAAGGAUAUCGUUAAAUAUUAUGUGGAUGAAAAAGGACUCUUAGAUAUUAAUCAAAAAGACGCGAAUGGAAAUACUCCUUUGCAUUUAGCUGCUUACCAAUCUCGUACCGAUGCCGUUGCAUAUUUAAUGGAUCAUCCCAAGAUUAAUGAUUGUAUUGCUAAUAAUUCUCAUUUGCAACCGGUGGAAAUGUGUAAAAAUUUGAAUACUGCUCAAAUGAUGCAAUUCAAGAGAUCAAAUUAUGUGGCAGAAAUUGCUCAAGAAUUUAGAACUGCAUUUAAUAAUAGAGAUUUCGGACAUUUGGAAAGUAUAUUGAGUAACAAUAGAAAUGCAGAAUUGUUGGAUAUUAAUGGUAUGGAUCCGGAAACAGGGGAUACCGUCUUGCAUGAAUUUGUUAAAAAGAGAGACGUCAUCAUGUGUAGAUGGCUUCUGGAACAUGGUGCAGAUCCUUUCAAGAGAGACAGUAAAGGGAAAUUGCCAAUUGAUUUAGUGAGAAAAGUCAAUGAGAAUGAUUCCGCUUCCAAUACAAGGAUUGCUAUCGAUAUUGAACUAAAGAAAUUAUUAGAGCGAGCUACAAAAGAACAGACGGUUAUUGAUAUAACAAACAAUAAUUUACAUGAAGCACCUACGUUUAAAGGUUACCUGAAAAAAUGGACAAAUUUUGCGCAAGGUUAUAAAUUGCGUUGGUUCAUUUUAAGUGAAGACGGGAAAUUAUCCUACUAUGUUGACCAGGCAGAUACAAACAAUGCUUGUCGUGGUUCAUUAAACAUGUCUUCAUGUAAUUUGCAUUUAGAUUCUUCAGAGAAAUUGAAAUUUGAAAUUAUUGGUGGCACAAAUGGCUCGAUUAGAUGGCAUUUAAAAGGUAACCAUCCCAUUGAAACAAGCAGAUGGGUCUGGGCAAUCCAAGGGGCUAUUCGUUUUGCCAAAGAUAGAGAACUGCAGCUAAGAAAUAAUGGAGGAGCACCACCAUCAAGAAAUAUGGAUCUUUCGGAGUCAAAUCUUCCUAGGAUAAGGUCAUUCGAAUCUCUGCGUCCGGCCUCUACACCAGUAGCCGACAAUGCAAACGAUAGAUCGUUAGAGCAUACAAUGCAUGAUGAAAAAAGUAAUGUCGAGCCACUACCGCAAUUAUCUUCUGCAGUUUCGACAGGUAAAAUUAGAGGCAGAUCUAGAAAGUCCACAAUUUCGUCAUCUGUAUCUGGUAUAAUAAAUGAAGAAGAAUUUCAAAUGUUGGAUAAACAAUUUACUGAAGAAAAUUCUGAUCUUGAUGAAGAUGAUGCUGAAGAUGAUGAUGAUAAUGAGGUAUAUACCGUUAACACUAAUAAUGAUGAAGAAGACUUGAAGGUGAACUAUGGGCCAUAUUCACAGAAAUUACACAUGCUACAAAGAUCUAUCUCAAUUGAGCUGAGCUCUUUAACUGAAUUAUUAAGUGAUGACUCUGGUCAUGUUAGCUCUGAAAUGUGGCAAACAAUAAAUAAAUCAAUAUCCACCAUCUCAUCAUGCUUCACUAAAUUGAACUAUUUUACGUCUGCAAGAGAUAAAAGAUUAUUACAGAUGUUAACUAAACAAAGAGAUGUUAAUAAUGUCUGGAUACAAUCCGUAAAAGAUCUAGAAAUGGAAUUAAUUGAUAAAGAUGAACGGUUGGCUUCAUUAGAUAAAGAGAGGAAACAUUUGAAGAAAAUGUUACAAAGAGAACUGCACGAAGCGGGUACAUUAACACCUUCCAAUAAGGUUAAUACAAAAUCAGCUGAUGUUGAGGAUGAAUCUCUACUCGAGUUAACAAAUAAUGGAGGUGACGAAUCCCCAAUUAAUACCCUAGAGGAGAUUGCAAAAUACAUCAAUGCUACCAAGGAAGAUGACGAAGAUUCGGAUAUCGACGAAUUUUUUGAUGCUGAAGAUGUAGUCGAAUCUUCUGUUUUAAAGGAGGCAAACUUUGCAGUUGAAGAGACUAAUACUGAAAAUCCUGAUGAAGAAGUAAAUGAGAUAUCUCCAAUUGCUGAAGAAGUUAAACAACAAGAAGAAACUGACCAAAAUUUACAAUAUGGCCCUAAUAUUAAAAUCGUUACGGAAUCACAAGAACAGAAGAAUGAAAUUUUAGUUAAAGAAGGAACAUUCCUUGGCUAUGAAGAUGGUGUUAGAACCCGAUUAGCUUUGGAUCAGGACGACAGGCCUAAGGUAAGUUUAUGGUCCGUAUUGAAAUCUAUGGUUGGUAAGGAUAUGACAAAGAUGACAUUACCUGUAACUUUCAAUGAACCCACAUCAUUAUUACAAAGAGUCACUGAAGAUUUAGAAUAUAGUACAUUGUUAGAUCAAGCUGCAACGUUCGAAGAUUCUACUUUAAGAUUGCUAUACACUGCAACUUUUGCCUCCUCCAUUUAUGCAUCAACAAUUGGCAGAGUUGCUAAGCCUUUCAACCCAUUAUUAGGUGAGACGUUUGAAUAUACAAAUCCAAAUGGCUCCUAUAGAUUUUUUACAGAGCAAGUCUCUCAUCAUCCGCCAAUUGCAGCUACAUGGACAGAAUCGCCUAAAUGGGAUUUUUUUGGGGAAGUCAACGUUGUGACUUCAUUCAAUGGUAGAUCCUUUGGAAUUAAACAUCUGGGUCUAUGGCAUGUGAAGAUAAGACCAGAUAGCGGUGCUGAAGAGGAUUUGUACACUUACAAAAAACCAGAUAAUACUGUAAUUGGUAUCCUUGUUGGGAAUCCCCAAGUGGACAAUCAUGGUGAAGUGACAAUAACCAAUCAUACUACUGGUGAUUAUUGUAACCUUACCUUUAAGGCACGUGGAUGGACCUCUACAGGAGCCUUUGAACUUAAGGGUGACGUGUAUAACAAAAAGGGUGAAAAAGUUUGGGUUCUUGGUGGUCACUGGAAUGAUGCUAUCUACGCUAAGAAGGUUACUUCUAAGAAUAAGGGCGACUUAAAGGUAGAAGGUCUAAAGACAACAAAGGCAACUACUGGAGGUGCUAAUAUGAUCUCAAACACUACUGGCGAUGAAGGUCCCAAAUAUGAUGGUUCCAAGUUCUUACUUUGGAAAGUAAAUGGAAGAGAUAUGACGGUUCCAUUUCACUUGACACCAUUUGCAAUUACAUUAAAUGCACCCCAACCACAUCUUUUGCCAUGGUUAGCCCCAACAGAUUCUCGUUUAAGACCAGAUCAAAGGGCCAUGGAAGAUGGAAGGUAUGAUGAAGCGGCAGACGAAAAGCAUAGGUUAGAGGAAAAACAAAGAGCAGUCCGUAGAAACAGGGAAAUGAAGGGUGAGGGAUAUAAACCAAGAUGGUUUAAAGAAGAAAUCCAUCCAAUUACUAGACAGCCAUAUUGGAAAUCAACAGGUGAGUAUUGGGCAUUAAGGAAAGAACAUAAACUAAAGGACUGUGGUGAUAUUUUUUAA